AUGCUGAUCAAGGAGUAUCGCAUCCCCAUGCCGAUGAGCGUGGAGGAGUACCGCAUUGCUCAGCUCUACAUGAUCCAGAAAAAGAGCCGAGAGGAGAGCUGUGGUGAGGGCAGCGGGGUGGAGAUCCUGGAGAACAAACCUUACGAGGACGGACCCGGGGGAUCGGGUCAGUACACACACAAGGUCUACCACAUCGGCAAACACAUCCCGUCCUGGUUCUGCGCCAUCCUGCCUCAAGCUGCCCUCCGCGUGGAGGAGGAGUCCUGGAACGCCUACCCCUACACACGAACCCGGUACACCUGUCCCUUUGUAGAGAAGUUCUCGAUAGACAUUGAGACGUAUUAUAAACCAGAUACUGGAAAUCAAGUGGACGUCUUCAACAUGUCUUCUGCUGAGAAGAGACAGAGGACUGUAGACCCCAUAGACAUUGUAAAGGACUACAUCACUCCUCACGAGUACCUGGUGGAAGAAGACCCUAAACUCUAUCAGUCAGUCAAGACCAAGAGGGGUCCGCUGUCGGACGACUGGAUCGAGGAGAUCAAUCAGAAUCCUGGAGAAAGUCCCGUCAUGUGCGCCUACAAGCUCUGCAAGGUGGAGUUCAGAUACUGGGGCAUGCAGUCCAAGAUCGAGCGCUUCAUACACGACGUGGGCCUUCGUAAAGUGAUGGUCCGAGCCCACCGGCAGGCGUGGUGCUGGCAGGACGAGUGGUACGGCCUGACCAUCGAGGACAUCAGGCAGCUGGAGCUGGAGACCCAGCUGGCUCUAGCUAAGAAGAUGGCCCAGUACAGCGAUGGGGGAACCGAGAACAACGGCUCCUCCGUCAGCCAGGACCAGGGUCAGGGGGCCGAGAGGGGGUCGACCGCGGAGGUAGAAGGAGGCGGAGGAGGAAAGCUGGGAGAUUCACUGGAGACACGAGGGGAGCUCACCAAGCAGUGGUCAACGUCCUCCAGAUCCUCCAACAGAUCUUCUAAGAGAGGCGGAAGUCCGUCUCACCAGAGCAUUUCAGAGUGGAGGAUGCAGAGCAUCGCCCGAGACUCAGAGGACAGUACGGACGAUGAGUUCUUUGACGCUCAUGAAGACUUUUCUGACAACGAGGAGAUGUUUGCAAAGGAGAUCACUAAGUGGAACUCCAACGAUCUGAUGGACAAGAUAGGGACAAUGGAGGUGGACGAAGGACAAGAAAUGUUGUAUCAGGAGUCGGGCGGGGAGUACGCUGCCAUGAGUAAUGAGGAGAGGCAGAUGGAGGACUGUUCGUCUCAGCAGUGUCUCCAGUCGGCCAAAACUCACGUCCUCGUUCUGGUCCUGCAUGGAGGCAACAUUCUGGACACUGGCUCUGGUGAACAGAACAGCAAGCAGGGAGACCUGAAUACGCUGAGUGGAGCUUUUGAGACGGUGAUGAGGGUUCAUUACCCGGCAGCGUUGGGCCGCAUCGCCAUCCGGAUGGUCCCCUGUCCCGCCGUGUGUGUCGACGCAUUCUCACUCGUCUCCAAUCUCAGCCCCUACAGCUACGACGAGGGCUGCCUCUCCAGCAGUCAGGACCACAUCCCUCUGGCUGCUCUGCCUCUCUUGGCUACCUCUGCGCCACAGUACCAAGACGCCGUUGCAGCAGUCAUUUUACGAGCCAAUCAGGUGUACAACGACUUCGUCAAGUCUCUGGAGGGAGCGUCUUUUAACGGACAGGUGUGUGUUAUUGGUGACUGCGUUGGAGGAAUCCUGGGGUUUGAUGCUCUGUGCAGCAGCUCGGUGACGGUGUCAGAAAGCCAAAACAGCAGCAGACGUGGCAGCGCCAUCAGUGUUCAGGACACGGACCUUCUCUCGCCGGGUAUCGUCAUAAACAGCAUCUCUCCGUCCCUCGAAGGAAGCCGCCAUCUCAGCCGCAGCAACAUCGACAUCCCCCGCUGCUCGGGGCCCGACGACCCCAAGAGACAACUUCCACGCAAACGCAGCGACUCCUCCACGUACGAGCUGGACACCAUCAAACAUCACCAGGCCUUCCUGUCCAGUCUUCACUCCAGUGUGCUCCACGGGGAGCCCGGGUCGCGGCGCUCCAGCGGCAGCACGAUGCUGGAAGGAGGCUCUUUGGGAAAGUUUGACUUCGAGGUGACGGACUUCUUCAUGUUCGGCUCUCCUCUGGGGCUGGUGCUCGCUCUGAGGAAGACUGUGGUGCCCACGUUAGAUGUGUCCGCUCUGCGUCCGGCCUGUCAGCAGGUUUACAACCUGUUUCAUCCAGCCGACCCGUCGGCCUCCCGCCUCGAGCCUCUCUUGGACAAGCGCUUCCACCUGCUGCCUCCCUUCAGCGUCCCUCGUUACCAACGCUUUCCUCUGGGCGACGGACACUCGGCUCUCUUGGUUGAGACCGUCCAGAGUAACCCUCAGCUGCUGAAUGAUUCUGUUGGUGCGUUUGCCCAACGCUGCCAGGACAGCACCGUCAACGAGACCUCCAUCCCCGUGCCCGUCCUCAACUGGCAGCUCCACACAGACACGGAUUCUCUUCACUCUCACGUUUUUGUGGACGGCCAGUUCCCGUCUCCCACGUCACCAGGGGUCCCUCACCUCCGCUACAACCGCAGGGCCAGCGAGGCCAGCAUAGCCAGCCAGGUCUCAGGCCUCGCCGACUCUUACACCGCCUCCAACAUCGCCACCACACACAAACGUGAGGUCAGCCACUCUAAAAGGCCCGGCCUGCUGUCCCAGCUGGCUCUUCCCUACAAUAGAUUUGCCGCUCGGAGCUCGUCCCUGCGCUCACGAACGACAGUCCGUCGGGUUUUCCCCAGACCCAACGCCGUGGAGUCCCAGCACGGCUCUGACGUUAGCUCUGACAUGACCUCUGACCUCACAGAUGUCACGUCCGACAUCACAGACUUCAGCUCAGCCCCUCCGUCGCCUGGGGUGCUGAAGAACAUAGCGCAAGUUGCCUCUCGGUGGUGGGGCAGUAAGAGGAUGGACUACGCUCUGUACUGCCCUGAUGCCCUGACGGCGUUCCCCACCGUGGCUCUGCCUCAUCUCUUCCACGCCUCCUACUGGGAGUCUACAGACGUCGUCUCCUUCUUGCUCAGACAGGUGAUGAGACACGAGAACUCCAGUAUUUUGGAGCUGGAUGGAAAAGAAGUGUCUGAAUUCACUCCGUCCAAACCCCGAGAGAAGUGGCUCCGCAAGAGGACUCAUGUCAAAAUCAGGAACGUGACGGCUAACCACCGAGUGAACGACGCCGUGUUCACGGAGGACGGAGCCCAGAUGGUGACGGGACGCUUCAUGUACGGCCCGCUGGACAUGGUCACCCUCACCGGAGAGAAGAUCGACAUCCACAUCAUGACGCAGCCUCCCUCUGGAGAGUGGGUGUUGUUCAGCACGGAGCUCACCAACAGCAGCGGGCGUGUCUCCUAUCUGAUCCCUGAGGGCAAAAAGCUGGGCAUCGGGGUGUAUCCCGUCAAAAUGGUGGUCAGGGGCGACCACACGGUGGCAGACAGCUACAUCUCCAUCGUACCUCGGGGAACAGAGUUUGUAGUAUUCAGUAUUGACGGGUCUUUUGCUGCCAGUGUGUCCAUAAUGGGCAGCGACCCAAAGGUUCGAGCCGGAGCUGUGGAUGUGGUGAGACACUGGCAGGACUUGGGCUACGUGAUAGUUUACGUAACGGGUCGUCCUGACAUGCAGAAGCAGCGCGUGGUGGCCUGGCUCUCUCAGCAUAACUUCCCUCAUGGCAUCGUCUCCUUCUGCGACGGGCUGGUUCACGACCCGCUGCGGCACAAGGCCAACUUCCUCAAAAGCCUCAUUAACGAGGCCCACAUGAGGAUCUUUGCAGCCUACGGCUCCACCAAGGACAUCUCCGUGUACUCGUCUAUCGGCCUGCCUCCCUCACAUAUCUACAUAGUGGGAAGGGCCACCAAGAAGCUGCAGAACCAGUGUCAGUUCAUCUCGGAUGGCUAUGCUUCCCACCUCUCCCAGCUGGAGUACAACCAGAGGUCUCGCCCUGCCAAGUCCGCCAGCACCCGCAUGGUCCUCCGCAAGGGCAGCUUCGGUCUCGGUGCAGCCGGAGGAGACUUCCUCCGCAAGAGAAAUCACAUCUUUCGCACCAUCUCCUCUCAGCCAGGAGGGGCGGGGCCGCCCUCCCCCAACCCGCCGGGCCGGACCGAGCGAACCCAGAGCCAGUGUGAGGUGGAGCGGGAUCGAGUGGUCGGGGCGGCGGCCCAGAGGAGCAUGAGCAUCGCUUCAGGGUGCUGGGGUCGCAGCGGGAGCACCAAGGAGGGCAGCGGAGGGUUACUGGGCCCUAAAUGA